GAAAAUUGUGUUGCUCAAUUGCACAGCGCAAACAGGCCUUGUGAGGACUAGAGGAAGAAUGCUACCUGCUGUGUUGUACUGCCUGCUGUGGAGUUUCCAGACCUCCGAAGGCCAAUUCCCUCGAGCCUGUGUGUCCUCCAAGAACCUGAUAGAGAAGGAAUGCUGCCCACCAUGGAGCGGUGAUGGGAGUCCCUGUGGCCAGCUUUCCGGCAGGGGAUCCUGUCAGGACGUUGUUCUGUCCAAUGCACCCCAUGGGCCUCAAUUCCCCUUCACAGGGGUGGAUGACCGGGAGUCUUGGCCCUCUGUCUUCUAUAACAGGACCUGCCAGUGCUCUGGCAACUUCAUGGGAUUCAACUGUGGAAAUUGCAAGUUUGGCUUUUGGGGACCAAAUUGUACAAAGAGACGACUCUUGGUGAGAAGGAACAUCUUUGAUUUGAGUGUUCCAGAGAAGAACAAAUUUCUUGCCUACCUCAAUUUAGCAAAGCGUACUACCAGCUCAGACUAUGUCAUCCCCAUAGGCACCCAUCGCCAAAUGAAUAAUGGGUCAACACCCAUGUUUAAUGACAUCAGCAUUUAUAACCUCUUUGUCUGGAUGCACUACUAUGUGUCCAUGGACACACUGCUUGGGGGGUCUGAAAUCUGGAAAGAUAUUGAUUUUGCUCAUGAAGCACCGGGUUUCCUGCCUUGGCACAGAUUCUUCUUAUUGCUGUGGGAACAAGGCAUCCAGAAGAUAACAGGGGAUGAGAACUUCACCAUUCCAUACUGGGAUUGGAGAGAUGCUGAAAACUGUGACAUCUGCACAGAUGAAUUAAUGGGAGGGCGCAACCCAGCAAACCCUAACCUUCUCAGCCCAGCGUCCUUCUUCUCCUCUUGGCAGGUCAUCUGUAGCCAUCUGGAGGAGUACGACAGCCGCCAGGUCUUGUGCAAUGGGACUGCGGAGGGACCAUUACUGCGCAACCCUGGAAACCAUGACAAAGGCAGGACCCAGAGGCUCCCCUCCUCAGCUGAUGUGGAAUUUUGCCUGAGUUUGAGCCAGUAUGAAUCAGGGCCCAUGGAUAAAACUGCCAACUUCAGCUUUAGAAAUACACUGGAAGGAUUUGCUAGUCCAGUUACUGGGAUAUCAAAUACCUCUCAAAGCACUAUGCACAAUGCCUUGCACAUCUAUAUGAAUGGAACGAUGUCUCUGGUCCCGUCAUCUGCCAACGAUCCCAUUUUCCUUCUUCACCAUUCAUUUGUUGACAGUAUUUUUGAACAGUGGCUCCGAAGGUACCGUCCUCUUCAAGAAGUUUAUCCAGCAACCAACGCACCCAUUGGACAUAACCGGGAUUCCUACAUGGUUCCUUUCAUACCCCUCUACAGGAAUGGUGAUUUCUUUAUUUCAUCCAGAGACCUGGGCUAUGACUAUAGCUACCUACAAAAAACUGAUCCAGACUUUUUUCAAGACUACAUUAUGCCCUACUUAGAACAAGCACGGCAGAUCUGGCCAUGGCUCACUGGGGCGGCGGUAAUGGGGUCUGUCCUCACGGCUGUGCUGGGAGGGCUCAUUGGCCUGUUGUGCCGUCGUCAUCGUCGAAAGAGAAAGCAGCUCUCUGAAGAACAGCAGCCGCUCCUCAUGGAAAAGGAGGAUUACCACAGCUUGUUGUCCCAGAGCCAUUUAUAAAAGGCUUAGACACUAGAGUAGGGCCAGAAAGCCAGACCUCUCUCUGAUUCAAAUGCUGUUCAAGUCCCCAGGGCAUGUCCCCACAGAAAUCCCUGGUAUUUGCCUGUGAAAACCAUUAUCAGAAUUGUAAUCUAAUACAAAGUGAACCCCUCUUCUAUCUCAGAUAGAACACACCCGUGCUGGCCUUGCUGGUUUUUGUUCAUCCUUUUGACAAUUUCCCUCAAGCCCCAUAUUUUCAAGGAAAGAAUGCUAUUUGGUCAUUCAUAACUGUUACUUGUAUCUGGAUAAACUUAUAAAAUAUGGGAAUCCUUUUAAUUCUUUCCUUCUCAUUG